CUCAAGCGGCAGCGCAACAAUGUCGCUGCUCGCAAGUAUCGUCAAAAAAAGAUCGAUCGGAUCAGUGAGCUCGAGGACGAGCUAAACGACAUCAAAAAGGAACGUGACGAAUUACGCAUUCGCCUUGCACGCCAGGAGGCCGAGACUGCUGCGCUCAAGAGUAUGUUCAAGUUGAAA